GUUCCGGUACGUGUUUUGCUGUCAGCGGCUUAGGUCAUUAAUAGAUAAUGGAACAUGUGCUGUAUGGAAGACUGAAUCAGUCUGUGUGCUGUGCGCUUUAAUACUUUACUGGCUAAAUGUAUGUUCACUGAACCCGGGAGGAGAUUGUGUUUUACAGCAGUGUAUUGCGUAAUCUCGGGACAGGAUGGUCAUGUGUUCUUCACUGAGCCUCAAGGUUCAGCGGAACCGCUUUCGUUUCAGCGAGAUCUGCCAACUGUACUGCAGAGCACCAAAUGCUACAGAUGGGGUCUACGUGACAGGCAGUAUUAAUUCUGGUCGUAACGUUUCUGAAUCGGUGUCUUCCCCAGUCUACUUUAACUGUACUAAACAUGUUCGUACUUACAAGUUAUCGGCUCCAGGUCUCUCUGACAAGAAGCGCGAAGUGAGAGUAAGAUUCGCCCCGAGUCCCACAGGGUUUCUGCACCUGGGUGGCCUACGCACAGCGCUUUAUAACUUCCUGUUCGCUAAGCAGCAGGGCGGGACGUUUAUCCUGCGACUGGAAGAUACAGACCAGUCCCGCCUCAUCCCUGGGGCGGCCCAGAACAUCCAACACAUGCUGGAGUGGGCUGGUAUUCCUCCUGAUGAGAGUGUGUGUAGCGGGGGUCAGUAUGGUCCAUAUGUCCAGUCCCAGCGGCUACACAUGUACUCUGCUGCAGCUACAUCUUUGCUGGAGUCAGGCCAUGCCUACCACUGCUUCUGCACCAGUCAGAGACUGGAGCUGCUGAAGAGGGAUGCACUGCGCAGUGGACAAACACCACGGUAUGAUAACAGGUGCAGACAGCUGAAAACUAACCAGGUACAGGAGAAACUAGCUGCUGGCGUUCCACAUGUGAUCCGUUUCCGGCUGUCUUCAAGCUCAGAGCCGUUUGAGGACAUGGUGUUUGGCUGGACACGGCACGAGGUAGCAGAGGUGGAGGGCGACCCUGUAAUCAUCAAGGCCGACGGUUUUCCCACCUACCACCUGGCCAGUGUUGUGGACGACACACACAUGCGUGUGAGUCAUGUACUGCGUGGCUCGGAGUGGCUCAUAUCCACCUGUAAACACCUGCAGCUGUACCGUGCCCUGGAUGAGACUCCGCCCACUUAUGCCCACCUGCCUCUCCUACUGAACCGCGAUGGCAGCAAACUGUCUAAGAGACAGGGAGACAUCUACAUCCAGCACUUCAAACAGCAGGGGUUGCUGCCUGAAGCUCUUCUGGACAUAAUUACUCACUGUGGAUCGGGAUUCAACAGUAAUCGUCUGGGCCGAAGGCUGGAUGAUCUGAUUGAGGAGUUUAACGUGUCGAAGAUCACGACUCACUCUGCGCUGCUUGACUUGGACAAACUGCCCGAAUUCAAUAGGAUUCACUUGCAGCGAAGGAUUGAAGAUGAAGGUUUCUGCUGCCACCUGGUGGAUGAGUUAAAAAAUCACAUCACACAAACCUAUGGAAGUCUGAUUCAAGAUCCGAUUGUUUUGGAGCCUACUUACAUCCAGAGGGUGCUGCACCUGAGGAAGGGUCACAUCACCUCAUUGAAGGAGCUGGUCAGUCCAAUGUACUCAUACCUGUGGCUCCGCCCCUCUGUAUCCUGGCAACAAUUGGAGGAAAUGAGUUCAGAAGUGCAGGAUAUCACGGCUCUCACCAUACAGGUGGUACAGGGCUGUGGAAAUCAGUACACUGCCGAGUUUCUGACUGCUCAACUGAAGCUUAUUGCUAAAAAACUGAAGAAAACUAAAUACAGUUCAGUCAUGAAGAUCCUCCGCCUGGCACUUACUGGAGAACAGCAGGGACCAAGUGUAAGUGAGGUCAUGAUUUCUCUGGGUGAGCAGGAAGUCUGCUUUCGCCUGCAGAGAAUUCUAAAACAUUAACUCGGACUGUUUCUCUUCAAACUUAUGACACGUUUGUUUUCAGCAGAAUAAAGCUCUUUUAUGUAAA